AUGAAGUUCGUACUCAGCCUUGCCUGGCUAUCCCUCGUUGCAGGUGCGACUAUCCGCAGUCCACAGCCUCGUACAUAUGAUGGGUACCAAGUCCAUCGCGUCCGAGCUACUGGAUCCCAAUAUGCUGCAGCAAAGCGAGCUCUUGCUGCUGUUCCUCACGAAACUCUAAACGAGAUUCGUGGAAACCUGGAUGUUCUUAUUGCACCCGAGCAGUUGGACGCCUUCAAGGCUUUGGGGCUCAAGUCCCGAACCUUGCAUGAGAAUCUGGCCGAUUCUAUCGCCCGGGAGUCGCACGUCAAGAAGGCCUGGAAGAGGCAAACCAACGGUUCAGAAGAUGCGUGGUUUGAUAGCUACCACCCGUAUGAAGACCACAUUACGUGGUGGCGCGAUCUCCAGGAAUCCUUCCCAGACAAUUCGAACUGGACGAGCACUGGAACAUCUUUUGAGGGGCGCGACAUGUUCGGCGUUCAUCUCUAUGGAAAAGACGGUCCAGGAAAGCCUGCGGUCAUCUAUCACGGAACUGUUCACGCUCGUGAAUGGAUCACUGCAAUGACCAUUGAGUAUAUCGCCAAGGCCCUCACCUACGAAUACAAGGCAGGCAACAACUACACGCAAGCCAUUCUGGAUAACUACGACAUCUACAUGUUCCCCUUUGUCAACCCCGAUGGCUUCGUCUUUUCUCAGACAGACGACCGCCUAUGGCGCAAGAACCGUAUGCCGCCACCAGAGAACGCUGCCAACCAGACCUGCUAUGGUCGCGAUGUGAACCGCAACUGGGAGACAAACUGGGAUGCUGACCCACGCGGAGCUUCGACAGACCCAUGCUCGCAAACAUACAGGGGAGAAGCGCCCCGCGACACGCCUGAGAAUUUGGGCAUGGACAACCUGAUCCGCAAGAUCCGCGAUGAGCAAGGCAUUAAGCUGUACAUUGACUGGCACAGCUACUCCCAGCUGAUCCUGUACCCAUUCGGCCACAAGGAGACUCUCUAUGCACCAGAGCUCGGUAUGUGGACCAAGGCCGCUGCCCUGAUGAGCGAAAACAUUGCCUACUACUCGACCAAUGCGACUACCUACACCUACGGCCCUAGUGGAGCAACCUUGUACCCGACAACCGGUGCGUCUAUCGACCAUGUGUACACCAUUGGUCGCGCCAAGUUCUCCAUGACCAUCGAACUGCCCGACACCGGUGACUUUGGCUUUGUAUUGCCUCCGGAGAGGAUCAGGCCUGCGGCUGAAGAACAGUGGGUGGGCCAACAGGUACUGCUCAGCCUAUUGGAUGAGGAAUUCUUCGAUGGCGAAGGCCCAGCUAUUGGCGCAUUGGGCACUACAUGGUAG